AAACAGCCAAGAAGAAAAAUGGAACUGGAACACUGCAAGAAAAAUCUUUAUGCAAAAUUAAUUGUCCCUGACUAGACUAUACUAGACUCGACUCGACUGUACUAGUAUGUACCGUAUCAAACUAGUGUAAUAAGAGAGAGUUAAUGUGUAGUAAAGGAUACCUCAGCGUACUGUUGGUGGCCCUGUGCUGGAUGGGAGGUACCUACACUCAACAGGACCCCUUUGGUGAUCUGGUCAAGAGGAAGUUUUACCUGGAGAGGCUGGACCAGUGUUUCUGUGAAUUGACUGGUCAGGUAGCAGAGUGUUGCUGUGAUGCAGAGACAGUGGAGUCAUUGAACCGUGACAGAAUAUACCCCCUCGUCAAAUCACUCGUAAAUCACUCCUUUUUCAAGUUUUUUCUGGUGAACCUCCAUCGCCACUGCCCCUUCUGGCCGGACGAUGGUCGCUGUGUCCUGAGAGACUGUCAAGUGGAGGAGUGCUCCGAGGACGAAAUUCCAGGAUACCUGAAACAAACCAUGCAAGAAUUUGAGACUAAUGUCCCUGAUGUAAGCAGCCAUGUGAUCGAGUCAUGUGAUCAGGUCUCGGACGAAGAGGAGAGUCUCAGUACAAUAGACAAAACCAUCAGCAUCCAGCAGCUGGAGGAUUUUUUGAUCUGGCAAGAACACGAUGAGACAGAGGACAAUUUCUGCCAACCUGAAGACGAGACCUCCAGUGAGCUGCGGUACGUUGACCUCACCCUGAACCCUGAGAGGUACACCGGCUAUUCUGGCCACUCUGCACAGCGGAUAUGGAGGGCCAUCUACCACGAAAACUGCUUCAGACCAGAGAGAGUGGACCAGUCUACCUCCAUUCCACUCUUCCAUCCCUCUCUGCUGCAAGGUAUGUGUCUUGAGAAGAGAGCCUUCUACAGACUCGUGUCUGGUCUCCAUGCCAGUAUCAACACUCACCUGUCAGCUAACUACCUUCUUGGAAAAGCUGAAGAAGAUGUGCAGUUUGGACCGAAUCUUAAUGAGUUUGUUAGAAGAUUUGAUGUUGAAACUACGAACGGACAAGGUCCUGGCUGGCUCAAAAACUUGUACUUUGCCUACCUCCUUGUGUUGAAGGCUGUCAUUAAAACGGAGCCUUAUUGGCAGAGUUACCAGUUCUACACGGGGAACAAGACAGAAGACGUGGAAACCAGGAACAUGGUGAUGGAGAUCAUACAAGCAGCAAAGGGCUGCUCUAGUUUGUUUGAUGAGUCGAUGAUGUUUACUGGAAACACUUCAGAACUGCUAAAGAAUGACUUCAAGGCUCAUUUCAAAAACAUUUCUCGGAUUAUGGAUUGUGUGGGUUGUGACAAGUGCAGGCUUUGGGGGAAGUUACAGGUGAAGGGUGUAGGAACAGCUUUGAAGAUCCUCUUCUCCAAUCGCAGGAACAAAGCUCCUCUACGUUUGACUAGAACAGAAGCAAUUGCCCUGUUCAAUGUACUGGGGAAGUUUUCUAGUAGCAUUCAAUAUUUAGAAAUGUUCAGGCGAAUGGAGGUUAACUCAAACCCAUCGAACGACAGUAUAUCGAACAAAUCAGAACUAUAGAAUUUAAUGUCAAUUUUACCUCAGUGCCUCAUUAUUAAAGUGCAAACAACUUAUUUAUCUACA